AUGGGACCGGUAACCGACUAUGGCUCCACCAUUGGCCACUGGGUCCAGGACCGGUCUCUCAAACCUAACGGCGGCUAUUUCGGAGAACGCGAACGGCCCAGUCCUAGCUAUAUCGUCGAUGUUUCGGCCGAGUCGAUCCCUGCCAAACAUCUUCACACCUCUUUAAACAAAGUCAAGCACCCUGUCAACGUAGUACGAUGGACACCUGAGGGGAGGAGACUUCUUACUGCCUCCAGCAGUGGUGAGUUUACCCUGUGGAAUGGCACCGGUUUCAACUUCGAGACCAUUAUGCAGGCCCACGAUUCCGCCAUCCGCGCCCUAUGUUACUCCCACAACGACGACUGGCUGGUAUCGGGCGACCACGACGGCAUCGUCAAGUACUGGCAACCAAACUUCAACAAUCUCGAGAGCAUCAGCGCCCACAGCGAUCCCGUGCGCGACAUCGCCUUCAGCCCCACCGACAACAAGUUCGUGACGGCGAGCGACGACUCGACCCUCAAGAUUUUUGACUUUGCCGGCGGCGUGGAGGAGAGCGUGCUCAAGAGCCACGGCUGGGAUGUCAAGAGUUGCGACUGGCACCCGACCAAGGGCCUCCUCGUCUCCGGGUCCAAGGACCACCUUGUCAAGCUUUGGGACCCCCGCAAUGCCCGGUGCCUAACUACUCUCCAUGGCCACAAGAACACAAUCACCAAGACCCUAUUCGAAAAGAUUCGUGGAAACUGCCUCGCCACCUCUGCUCGGGACCAGACUGCUCGCGUCUUUGACUUGAGAAUGAUGCGCGACAUCUGCCUCCUCAAGGGCCACGAGAAGGAUAUUUCAACUCUAGCCUGGCAUCCUAUCCAUCCCAACUUUCUUAGCACGGGUGGACAUGACGGGUCCCUCCCGGACCCCACCUCUGCCCUGGCCCAGACCAUCUAUCCCGCGCACAAGGUCUCCUUUGCCCACGAUUUCGCCAUUUGGUCCCUGGACUGGCAUCCUCUGGGCCACAUUCUCGCAUCCGGUUCCAACGAUCGACUUACCCGCUUUUGGUCUCGGCCCCGCCCUGGUGAUACCGAUUUCCACAAUGACAAGUAUCACAUUGGCGAGGCCGCCGCCGUCGCCCAAGGAACCUGGGAUCGUCGCGGCGGUCGCCAGCAGCGACAGGAGGAAGAGGAGCGCGAGAUCGAGGACGAGAUGGAGGGCCUUGUGGACCAGAAGCUACCCAUCAAGCAGCAGGGCCACUCCUUCCCCGGAAUUCCUGGCCUCCCUCUCCACGGCGCAUCGUCCGGCUCUAUGCCCAUGCCCCCGCCCCCGCUUAUCCCUGGCGUGCCCCCUCUACCCAUGCCCCUGCCCGGCCUCGGCGGUGUUCCUCCACCCUUGCCAGCCGGUCUCGCCGGUCUCGACCCCAGCAACCCAGCCGAUAUUUCCAAGAUUGCGGAGAUCAUGCACAAGGCGGGUGUACAACUUCCUCCACCGCCUCCUGGCCUCCUGCCCCAUGGUCUCCCUGCGGGAUUUCCUCCUGGCCUUCCUCCAGGUCUCCCGCCUGGUCUCCCUCCUGGCCUGAUGCCCCCGGAUUCCCUAUCCCUCCGCCGCCGCCGCCGCCUGGCACGAGCGCGAUGGAUCUUGACGUUAAUGACGCAAAUCGACGCCGCGCGCCACUGCCUAGCCAAGAAGAGAGUCUGA